AGAUAUAUCAGAAUAUCUUUUUCUGUCUCCAUGUUGAACCUUUCUCUUCUCUUGACGAAAUUGAUCUGUGUCCCCUUAUAUACAUAUAUAUGUUCUCUUAGCACAUAUCUGUUUAACAAAGUGUGUACACUAACGUAUACAGGACUGGGACGUGUACAAGGAAAGCCCCUACACACAGUCAUUGCACUUUGUCAAAUUGUUGUUUCACUUUUGUUUCAUCAUACGAUAUAACAAUAUGUUUAAAUAUUUUAUUCACAUUUCCAGCCUGAAACAAUCGUUAUAAUGCUGCCUGAGCUUUAUCUGACAUUCAAAAGUGCUUUCCCUUUGUUAUCUUAAAAAUUCUCACAUAAAGUAUUUUUUCUGUUGUCGAAAUUUUUUGAUGAACUUUUCAAUGAUAGUUUUGCGCCUCAUGAGCUCACUGGCAUUAUUUUCAUUGUUUCAGGAGUGACUAGAGAAACGGUAUUAUACGCAUGAUAUGAAGCGCAACUUACUCUGCACAAGGAUAUCCUAGAAACACGCUGCGCUUUAUUAAUGAGAAUAUAAUACUGUCUGAUUUAUGACAUAUUCUUUUCGACGCGACGCCAGACAAAUCGAAUAGGAGAUUUUAAGCUGUUAAUCGUUGAGUUAAUUAACCAUCACUGCUUCAAGACUGACAGGAAUCGAGUAGAGUAAUAAUAGUAAUGUCGACUCCUGGCGAUGGUAAUAUGGGGAAUGAUAGCAGCGCAGGGAGCAGUGGUGGAGUAGGCGAAGGUAGCAGUAAAAUUAACAAGCAUCACCUACCUACGAAUGUGCUGCAGAGAAUGACCGGAAUGUUAGAAGAUAAGAGCAAUGAUUACAUGUGUCCAAUUUGCUUCGAUCUUAUCGAUACGGCGUACAUCACUCGUUGCGGGCAUACGUUCUGUCAUCAUUGUAUCGUAAAGUGCUUAGAGAUUAAGGAUCGUUGUCCGAAAUGCAGUUUCACGUUGUGUCACGAACAAGACAUUUUCCCUAAUUUUCUCUUGGACGAGUUAGUUUCCAAGUACAAAACGAGAACCAAGGGCCUCGCUCAGCUAGGCUCUUACGCGGACAACAGUAGGCACAGAGCGACGGGUAGUGAUUCAUCAGCGCCAGCAGUUGAUGGAUUGAGGAGCAUCGUGGCAGCAGAGAGCGCCAAUCUCACUUUGCCCGAUGUGAAUGUGAUGCUCGAGGUGCUGACUCAACGAAAGCAUCUACUCGAGGCAGAAACUUGCACAGCACAAAAUAAACUUCUGCAUGAAUUCCUUAAACAUCUGCUUCAGCAAAAGGAGGAACAGAAGAAUCAGUUGCAGAAGGAGGUAGCAUUAAUCAAGAAGGACAUGGAGGAAGUGGAGAACAUCCUGAAGGAUGUUCAGAGCAAGUGUCCGCGAGUGGAGGACGUCAAGAAGGCAAGUGAAAAUGACUCUGCGCAAGUUUCAGCUAUCAGACGAGAGAUGCUUGGCCUUAUAGAUAUAAUAGAUUCGAAUAUGGUGAAGCCUAGCGACAAAGCGACCGCCGGCACGGAUAAUUUCAUUAAUCCGAACAUCAAUCAACCCGGUGGAUCGACUUUGGCUAUACGCAGGAAACGACUGCAUGCUCAUUUUGACGAUUUCGUUCAAUGCUACUUCGAUUCUCGUGGCAAGGAAUUAUUGCUCGGUCAAAAAUCGCAGUCCCAGAGCGAAACUCAACAACAGCACGGUGGCAUGCACAGCACGAGUUCCGGUUUGGAUAUUUUUCGCGAAAAUCUCGUCAAAUUCUCGAGAUACAAUUCCCUGCGUCCAUUAGCCACUCUCAAUUAUUCGUCAGAUCUUUUCAACAAUUCCACUAUCGUAUCAAGUAUUGAGUUCGAUAAAGAUAAUGAAUUCUUUGCGAUCGCUGGUGUCACCAAGCGGAUAAAAGUAUUUGAUUAUGGCGCCGUUAUACGGGACACUGUCGAUAUUCAUUAUCCCUGUGUUGAAAUGGUGUCUAGUUCAAAAAUUUCAUGCGUGUCAUGGAACUCCUUCCAUAAGGGCAUGUUGGCAUCCUCGGAUUACGAAGGUACUGUGACGGUAUGGGAUGCAACGACCGGUCAGAGGACAAAAGCGUUCCAGGAACACGAAAAGCGGUGCUGGUCUGUUGAUUUCAACGACGUGGAUACCAGACUGAUCGCGUCCGGCUCUGACGAUGCUCGGGUAAAAUUAUGGGCGUUAAAUACCGAUUAUUCCGUGGCGUCGUUAGAAGCGAAGGCAAACGUAUGCUGCGUGAAAUUCAAUCCGCGCAGUUCAUGUCAUUUGGCAUUCGGAUCUGCGGAUCAUUGCGUACAUUAUUAUGAUCUACGUAAUAUGAAGGAAGCGUUGUGUAUAUUCAAGGGCCACCGCAAAGCUGUGUCUUAUGUUAAAUUUAUUAACAAGGAGGAAAUCGUCUCGGCCAGUACGGAUUCUCAGUUAAAGAUGUGGAAUAUAAAUAAUCCACUUUGUCUUCGAUCGUUCGUCGGGCAUGUGAAUGAGAAGAAUUUUGUCGGACUCGCUACCGAUGGCGAUUACGUUGCCUGUGGAUCCGAAAAUAACGCACUGUAUGUGUAUUACAAAGGUCUGACAAAACAAUUGUUCUCGUACAAAUUCGAUGCUGUUCGAAGCAUAUUGGAAGUACAGGAUAGAAGAGAGGAAGAUCUGAACGAGUUCGUAUCUGCGGUAUGUUGGAGGCAGAUGUCUAAUGUUGUGGUAGCCGCUAAUUCUCAAGGAAUUAUCAAAAUAUUAGAACUGGUUUAAGAGACAAUUAGAGAGAGAGAGAGAGAGAGCCAAUUGAACGAACUAACUCGAUUAUGAGUGAAAUGCGUAUUUGAUUACUAUAAAUUAAAACGGGUCUAAA